UUCCGCUCUUUUGCUUUCAUCUCUUUAAGUGCUCCGUCUGCUGGUCAUGAAUCCUCACUUGCCAUUGAUAGUGCUGAUGGUGGUUGCCACGGUAACGGGGGCCCACUCAAAUCAUCAGGACAACGAACUGGAUUAUGGAGACUGGAACUACAGAGAAGGAGUCGACAGAGUUAAUGUGGCUUUGGUGCGCAGUUUGACCAAAGUUCUGGAUGCAUGGGGGAAAGGUAUUUUCAAGGAAAUCAAGACUUUGCUGCUUUCCAAACCCAACACACUGCUUCCCGACUACUCCAGAGUGCGUCCUUUAUCAGAAACCAUCAACGAUCUGCUCAGAGAAGUCAUCAUGCUGCAUCAGCGCAUCACAGAGCUCUCCCAUCGCCUAGCAACCAUGGAACCGUUCUUCCGUCACCAUGGCUACCGUGAGGAGAGGCUUGGGGAUGACCUGUCUUUGGGGCGUCAGGGCCUGACAGGUGAGGUGGCAAGCCUGGCCCGCUACAACACAAGCGCAUGGGCGAGGGCCAGCCCCAAGAAGGCGAGCCGGUUGGUGAGGAGGCGGCGGGUGAAGGUGUUGAACAACGGCAACGUGAUGGUUGUGCAUAGUGCACAGUGACAGCUCGUGGCCAGAACAGAGGAAAGUUUGAGAAUUUACAAAUAAGUUCUAAUUUUUUUAUUCUUUCAUGAUUUUAUAAUUGUAACGUAAUGAAAUGUACAGUCAUAAUGAAUUCACAAAUGAAUUAAA